AAAAUACAGACAAAAUUUGAGGGGUGAGAUAUCGCAAUUUUUUAUCAUGGACUUGCAAUAAUGAACCUGUGAUGAAUAUUCAACAAGGAUAGCUUUCCUAAGAUGUCAGGUGUUAUUCCUAUGGUGUCGGCAUCCCCUCCACCCUUUGAAGAAGACGGUGGUGAUGAUUGGGAUGCCGACUUUGGUAACUUUAUGGGAGCAGACCAAAAUGUAUCAGAACACAGUGAAACGGGAAACUGGGCAGCAUUCCCAGACUCUGUCCCAGCUACGAGAGAAAACUCCGCUAGUCCAUCUCAUUUGUCUCAGGAAAAGGAAAAUGUACAACCCACCGAAACAGACAUUAAGCUUAAUCUUAAUUGUAGUAAUGUAAUAAGUGGUAGUGACUCAGGGUUAGAAUUAGAUAGCAGCAAUGUUACUGUUUCUAAAGAAUAUAGACAAGGCAUGGAGCUCCAAAUUGACUCAGGGCUGUGUAGCACAGAAGUUUCACCUUGUGAUCCAGGAUCUGUUGUGUGUGAUGAAAAAGAUCCAAAAUCUAUGUCAACCACAACAGCUUGUGAUGUUUCUAAACAGUCUAGUCAAUCAUCAAAUGAAGACAGUAACGAGGAAUUAGAGGACAAUUCUGAAAUUAUGAAUAAAUCAGAAAACAUACAGACAUCUGUUUCAUCAAAUCAAAUGGAUCAUUGUUCCGAAUCUGUUGAGAAAGAUGAUUCUGUUAACAUGGGUGAUUCUGAUGAUAAUGGAUCAUCAGUGCAAGACAUUAGUGCAAAUCAGGAGUGUAUAGACAAUGUUGUGUUGGAUUCUUCUUCAGUUGAUCUCAGAACUGAAAGUAAAAGUAGUGAAGUUAUUCCAAAAGAUGAUGAUGAUGACUGGGGUGACUUUGGGGAAAUUAAUGAAAAUGUAAAUUCAGCAACAUCAGAAAAUUUAGGCACUGACCAAGUUAACGAGAAAUCCAUAGCAAAUCCUACCGAUAACACAGAGGAACACAGUGAAAAUCAGAAAGAUCUUCCACCCAAAUUAGAGAGUGAUAUAAAUUUAACAGACUUACCCAAAUAUAUUGAAGAUAAAUUUGAAGGAAAAGAGACUUUGGAAGAGGAAACUGAAACUGUUAAGGGUGAUAUAAAAAGUGAAUUAGGUGAGAAUUCCUCUGAGUCUUUAGACAAGGAUAAGGAAUUUGUUUGUGAAGGUGAAGAUACUGAUAAUGACUUUAAUGAAACAAAUUUUACGGCACCAGAUGCCGACUGGACCCCUGUGGUCCGAGAGGACAAUAAAGGAUUAGAUGAGGAAGAAAAUCCUUGUCAGUUAGACAAAAGUGAAAAAAAUACAACUGAUGAGGAAAAGGAAAAUACCGAGGAUAGAAAGAAGGACAUUGAUGAUGUGUGUAUUCAGUCUGAAACAAAUCCUGCUUCUGGACUAGAUGGAGAAGAUGAUGAAUUUGAUGAUUUUGCGGAUUUUGGCUCUGCACCAUCAAAUAAUUUAGAAUUUAAAAAAGAAGAAGUCACUGUGGACGAUAAUGGAGAAGAAAACAAUGAUGAUGAUUUUGAGGAAUUUGCAGAUUUUGAUGCUGCACCAUCAAAUGAUUUAGACUUUAAAAGAGAAAUAACUGUUCAUGAUGAACAGGAAAAUGAUGAUGAUUUUAAUGACUUUGCAGAUUUCGAUUCUGCGCCUUCAAAUGAUUUGGAGACAGAAAAAGAUACCAAAUCAAGUGAUCAGUUUGCGUCCUUCCCUAAAGAUUCUGCUGCCAGCGGUGAUGGAAACUGGGCCUCGUUUCAGGAAACCAGCGACAGCGGAGAGGCUAAAGAUUCUGAUUGGAAGGCGUCAAAGGAUGAAUGGAGUAACAAUGAUACCCAGGGUGGGGAUCAGUGGAAGCAGGGAGGGGAUGAGGAGUGGGGAGAAGGGGGUGGGGAUGAUUUCGGGGACUUUGGGGAUUUUGAUGAAGAACCAACUCAACCAAUACAGAAGGAAAAGGUGGACGAACUAUCAAGCAGAGCUGUGACAAGUUGUUUCCAUGGUGAUGUAAACGAUAGAGACCCAGGGAACAUUAUCACAUCAUUAGAUAACUACGUCCACGACAAAGAAUCCGAUCCAUCGCCUGAGAAGUCCUCGAGGGUGUGGGGCUCACUGACCAAACAAGCAACGGAGUCGCCGCUCAAGUGGUCCCAGUCACGGAGCAACAAACAGCUGUUCUCAAGCCUCAAGAUAGACACCCGCAAUAUCCUGAUAGGACACAAAAAGCCGUCAGUCCCAAUCUACGCCUCUAACUUAACUCUCCUGGAACCGACUAAAGGGCCGGCUAAACCCACAAAACCAGAACCAACCCUGGUGGACACCAACAAGGAGGAACCGCAAAAACAGGAUAUUCCACCUGUGCAGUUUGAUUGGUCCAGUAGUGGACUGGUUAAUCCUCUACAAGGUGACAGCAGCAAGUCCUUGGACCUGGACUUCCUGGUGGUCCAGGAGACGGAGUCUGGGGGGAGAUCUGGAGUGUUUGAUUCAGAGUUGAUGCAUGGACAGAAACCAAACCUUCAGCCAUUAGAGAACAUCCUGGCUAAUCUCAAGGUCAGCACAGUGAAGAAGAACAGACAGACAGACAAACUGGGGGCUGAGGCUACCAAAAUCAUUAAGACUUUACCAGACCUGUCCUUCAUGCAGGCUAAAGUAUUGAUGUUCCCAAUCAGACACCAAGCAGAGUAACUUAUUGGAUUUACUUUCAUUUUCAGCAACCUAUGGGAUUUACUUUCAUUUUCAGCAACCUAUGGGAUUAACUGUUAUUUACAGUAAUCUAUGGCAUUUACUGUAAUUUACACCAACCUUCGGGAUUUACUGUUAUUUAUAGCAACCCUUGGGAUUUACUGUAAUUUACCGCAGCCUAUGGGAUAUAGUGCCCUUUACAUCAAAUUAUGGGAUCAACUGUCUGUAAUUUACUCAAAAUAUGUUUCUCUGACAUCUAC